UCGAUAAUUAUUAUUAGGGAUAUCGAUUACACAACUUAUGUAAAAUAUGAACUCAUCGACAAUGUUAUCGAUGUCUAUCCACCUCUACUCGGAUGCCGCACUGCGAAAAGUAGGAUAAUAAAUAAAUAGUAAAUUUAUUGAUAAAUUAUAAAAGACAAACGGCAAUGGGUGAUUCGGAAGAUGAAUAUGAUCGCAAACGGCGCGACAAGUUUCGCGGUGAACGUGACAGCUAUCGGCCAGAACGUCGGGAUGAACGACGUCCAAUGGGUGGUGGCGCAAAUGCUCGCGACGAGUGGGGAGCAGAGCGCAAUCCAUUUCGAGGUAGUUCGGCAGCUGGCGGUGGCGGAGGAGGUGGUGGCGGCGCACGGCAUCGGCCAGAUUACAGCGACUACCGCGGCUCCGGACCACGUCCACGAUAUGGAUCACCUGGACGCGAGAUGCCGCCCGCGAAGCGCAUGCGUCCCGACUGGGGUGACAACGAGAUGCGCUCGAAUCCACGCUUUGGCUAUGAUCCGUACCUAGUGCAGGCCUGGAACGAUCAUUAUCAGUCACUGCACUCAGCCUAUUCGCAUGCAAGCCACGUGCCAUCUGCCCGCGAAUCAGUUCCAAGUGGUGGCGUGACAAGUGACACGCAAACUCAGCCGGCGAUGCUGACUUUGAAACAGUUUCUGGACACGCAGGAUGAAAACAUUUCCGACUCGGAGGUGAUGCGCAAGUACACCGAGUAUAAGACGGACUUUAAGCGACAGCAGCUGAAUGAGUUCUUCGUGGCCCACAAGGAUGAGGAAUGGUUCAAAAAUAAAUAUCAUCCCGAGGAUAGCGUGCGGCGCAGUGAAGAACAACGAGGAUUUUUGAAGAGGCGUACAGAUGUAUUUCUUGAACUACUCGAGAAUGGGACCAUCGACAAUGUCAAAAUUGACUCCUCUCAAGGGGAUGCAUUGGUACGCGUACUUGACACUUGUGUGAUUAAGUUAGAGGGCGGCACCGAUGAGGAUCUCAAGGUGCUUGAUGAGAAGCCUAAGGAUCUACCUGUAGUCCAGGAGCGCAAGUCGGAAACGGUUGAUUCAACAGUUGUUACCAAGCGCGAGACGCCUGAUAGUCCAAAGCAGCAGACAAAAACUGAAAAGGAGGACGACGAUUUGCCAAUUAUUGUGUCACCUUCACGUAAAACAACGCGGCCCCCGCACUCUGAUGAGGAGAAUUGGGAUGAUGACGAGAUGGCGGCAUCAGAGAAGACUGCAUCUAAAAAGGAUCAAGAAGAGGACGCCGCUGAGAAGCCAGCUGAAGGACAGGCCGAUGGAGGUUCGCCAAAAAGCGACAGCGAUAAAAAUUUAACAAAAAAGAAAACCAAGAAACAUAAACGUAACGGUAGCGACAACGAAAGUUCAUCCUCUGGCAGCUCUGAUUCGGACUCGGAUUCCGACGACGAGAAGCUCAAAGAAAAAUAUGACGUGGAAGAGGGUUUGCGCGCUGAUCAAAAGGCCGAGGCACAAAAAGACAAAGAGCUGGAAGCAGCGGCUAAGGCCAAAUUGCAACCACCUGCUAGUCCGAAACCUGAGGAGUCCUCUGAGGGUAAAAAUCAGGACGUAACUGAAAUAAAAACGGAAAUCACCGAUGGGGACGCAGAAAAGCCUGAACCUAUGGAUGAACAGUCUGAGAAAGAAACUGAAGAAAAUGCGGUGGACAAGGACGAGCUGGAGAAAAAGGACAAAGGCGACGGGGAAAUUGCAAAACCAGCUGUCGACGAAGUGACUGAGACAAUCGAUUUAGACAAAGUUAAGGAUGGACAUCCCCGUGCACUGCAUCGCACAUCAUCCAUAUUUUUGCGCAAUCUGGCGCCUUCAAUAACCAAGGCAGAAAUCGAGGCGAUUUGCACACGAUUUAGUGGAUAUCUGCGCGUGGCAAUUGCCGAUCCUCUAGUGGAGCGACGUUGGUAUCGCCGUGGUUGGAUUACCUUUACUCGUGAUGUUAACAUAAAGGAGAUCUGCUGGAGUCUGAACAAUCAGCGUCUUCGGGACUGCGAAAUGGGAGCAAUUGUGAAUCGCGAUUUGAGUCGACGGGUGCGUCCCGCUAAUGGCAUCACAGCACAUAAGCAGAUUGUGCGCUCCGACAUCAAGUUAUGUGCUAAGAUUGCAAUGAAUCUGGACGAGCGCUUCAGAUUGUGGAGUGAUGUAUCUCCAGCGGAAGAAGCGGCUUCGGAGGGCAAGGCUGGUGUGGAGACAACCAAUGGCAGUGGAAGCAACUCGACUACUUAUGGUUUUAAUUCGAAGAAUCCAGUACUUCAAAACAUAACCGAUUACCUCAUCGAAGAAGCUUCUGCCGAGGAGGAGGAGCUAUUGGGUUUGGCUGGCGACAACAAGGACAGCGAAGGCGAGCCCAUCGAGAGAGAUGAGCCGCUGCUGACAGUGCUAGAUCGCUUGGUACUGUAUUUGCGCAUUGUCCAUUCUGUGGAUUACUACAAUCACUGCGAGUAUCCCUAUGAGGAUGAGAUGCCCAAUCGCUGUGGUAUCAUCCAUGCUCGUGGCCCAGCGCCCAUGCGUGUCACCACCAACGACGUUCAAGAAUAUAUUAAGACGUAUGAGGGCAAGCUAGUUCAAUUCUUAACGAAGAGCGUUCAAUUGAGCGAAGACGAUAUCAAAGAGCUUGGCGCCAAAAAUGCAGACACGGAAGUGGAGAAAUUCGUACAGGCUAACACCCAAGAAUUGGCCAAGGACAAGUGGCUAUGUCCUUUGUCGGGUAAAAAAUUCAAAGGGCCCGAGUUCAUCCGCAAGCACAUCUUCAACAAGCAUGAAGAGAAAGUUGACGAGGUUCGAAAGGAGGUCGAAUAUUUCAAUAAUUAUUUGCGCGAUCCCAAGCGCCCGCAGCUACCGGAGCAUCCCGGCAGCUCUAAGCGCACGGACUCCGAGUCUGGCCGUGGCGGGGGCGGCUAUCGACCACCGAUGUAUCCGCCCUUCUCAGCUAUGCCUUAUGGAUUCGCGCCGCCCAUGAUGGGCGGUGGUGGUCGUGGAGGACGCAAUUUUCCGCCAGCACGCAGAGAAUUGCCUUUGGAUCACCAACGACGGCUUAUCGGUUACCAUGAUUUGGACGCGCCUGUUAAUUCCGAUAUGUUUGACUAAUUGAUUAGCAUGAAAACAAACAAAGAAAUUUAAAGCACAGCAAUUACACAGACUACACUAUGUCGAGCUCUCGAGCUCAGUUCUUAUAAGCAAAUUAAGAAAUGCUAUCUUAAAAAAGGGAAAUUCUUAACAUUAAUUAUGCAAACUAUUAUUUCAAUUUCGAUUCUAUGUACAAUAUGUGGAUUGUAUUAAUUGAUAAAACCCAAGACCUAAAUCUUUUAAUU